AUGAAUGCCCUACACAUAGAUAACAACAGCUUGAUAAACAGUCGGAACACGAGAAACUAUUCUUCGUCAACACCACCCAAUCCCAAUGCACCACUUGUAGGAAUAACAUUCAUUGAUAAGGAUGGAACAAAGAUAAAUGUAAAGGUACCUGAGGGUACCAAUCUGCUCGAGGCUGCACAUUCCAAUGACAUUGAUCUGGAAGGUGCCUGUGAAGCAUCGAUUGCUUGCUCCACCUGCCACGUCUACAUCGACAACAAGUACUUUGAUCAGCUGCCCAUGUCCUCCGACGAGGAGAACGAUAUGUUGGAUCUGGCCUUUGCCUUGCAGACAAACUCUAGACUAGGAUGUCAGGUGAUCGUUACAAAGGAGUUGGAGGGUAUGGAGGUACAGCUGCCGGCUGCUACCAGGAAUAUGUCGGUCGAUGGAUACAAGCCUCCAAGACAUUAA